ACUCUCCACACCUUUGAGGUGUCUGGGUUAGAAACUGUCGCCCACAUCAAGGUAAAGUAUAGCACUACUUUCCCUUGGUCUGCCAACGUUUUUGGUUUAAAAGUUAAUUGAUGACCAUGAAAGGUUUACCGCAUUCAGCUCUUUGUUCUCUUCCCUUCUCCACAAGGCUCAUAUUGAGGCAUUGGAGGGACUCUCCUGUGAUGACCAGGUGGUUAUGCUGUGUGGGGAACCCCUGCAGGACGAUGCUGUGAUUGGCCAGUCGGCACUGGAGUUCAGCACUGUCGAGGUUACCCCCCGACUGUUGGGAGGCAAGUGAUCAAUAAUUAAACAUUCUUGAACAUUACUGUAAAUAUGUGAAAUUAUUAAGGUCUGAGACAUUUGUUUCUGUACCAUUAUUUGAAAAGAUUAUUUGGAGGGGCUUGCUUUGAUUAAUCAUUUCCAUUUCCUCUUCCUAUCCCAGGCAAAGUCCAUGGCUCCUUGGCCAGAGCGGGGAAAGUCAGGGGACAGACUCCCAAGGUGGGCUUGUGUGUUUAAUAUAAAUUAAAUGAACUACUCAAAUUAAUGUGGCAUAUUCAGCAUUACUUGCUCUUCUGGCAAGUUUGCUUUGCCUGUAGUGUGCACGUCAAGACGUCACACCUCUGACCCUUUGUUUAUAACCAUUCUCACAGGUGGACAAGCAGGAGAAGAAGAAAAAGAAGACAGGUAGGGCUAAAAGGAGGAUCCAAUAUAACAGGCGCUUUGUGAAUGUGGUACCAACAUUUGGCAAGAAGAAGGGACCCAAUGCCAACUCAUAA